GAAAACAGCCACACCAAACACUACCACAGCUCAGAUUGCUAACCAGGAGUCACCAUGACCCCCCUGCUCACAGCCCUGCUCAGCCUCGGACUGGGGCUCAGCAUCAGGACUGCAGCACUGACAGGGACUCUCCCCAAGCCCAUUAUCUGGCCUGAGCCAAGCUCUGUGAUUGCAAAGAAUAUGCCUGUGACCAUCUGGUGUCAGGGAACCUUCGAGAGCCUGGAGUACCAGCUGCAUAAAGAGGGAAGCCAAAUUCCCUGGGACAGACAGUAUCCACUUCUGAUCAAGAACAAGGCCAAGUUCUCCACCCAAUUCAUGACAAUGGACUAUGCAGGGCGAUACCACUGCCGCUACAGCAGCCCCGCUGGCUGGUCAGAGCUCAGUGACCCACUAGAGCUUGUGAUGACAG